UACUGAUCUCGUGCUCUGAACCGGCAAUGGAUUUGUAACUUGUGAAGAAGAGUACUCAACAAUACAUUAUACAUGGCUUUGGAGAAGAUUUUCUGGAUUGUUCUAGUUUCUACUCUAUUCUUGCUGCUCCAUGACACUCGUAUGAUAGCUGGGAACGUUGCUGACAAUGGCGAUUCCACUCCCAGGAAGCCUGGUUGCAGCAACAAUUUUGUUCUGGUAAAAGUGAAAACUUGGGUGGAUGGCAGAGAGGAUGCUGGGUUUGUUGGCAUGAAUGCCAGAUUCGGAAGAACUAUUGAAUCAGAACAAAAAAAUGCUCUCAAAUCUCGCCUUGUUCUUUCACACCCUGGAGAGUGUUGCAGUACAGACAAUAAGCUUGCUGGAGAAGUGAUCUUGGCACAUCGAGGCCACUGCAGAUUCACAACAAAGGCAACUAAUGCACAAGCUGCUAAUGCUUCGGCUAUCCUCAUCAUAAAUUUUAAGGAAGAACUUUUCAAGAUGGUCUGUGAAGCUGAUGAAACCCUUUUAGACAUACACAUUCCUGUUGUCAUACUCCCAAAAAGUGCAGGAAAAAGGUUGAAGAAAAUGCUGACGACCUCUUCACCUGUGUUUGUGCAACUAUACUCACCACGUCAACCUGCAGUUGACGUAGCAGAAGUAAUUCUAUGGUUGAUGUCAAUAGGGACCAUAGUGUGUGCAUCAUAUUGGUCAGCAUGGAACACCAGAGAAGCAGAUAUUGAACAAGACAAGCUAUUAAAGGAUGUUGUCGAGGAAAUGCCAAGUGCUACAGAUGGAGGUGCUAGUAAUGUUAUAAACAUAAAUAUGAAAGCUGCAGUCCUUUUUGUUAUAGCCGCUUCAACUUUGCUGUUCAUAACGUACAAACUUAUGUCAUUGUCAUCGUGGUUCAUUAAGCUUCUGGUUGCUCUCUUCUGUAUUGGUGGAACCGAGGGAUUGCAAAUUUGCUUGGUUGCUUUAUUUUCAAGGUGGUUCGAGCGAGCUGGCGAGUCAUACAUUAAAGUUCCUUUCUUUGGAGCUAUCUCGUACCUGACUUUUGCUAUUUUCCCAUUCUGCAUAGCAUUCUCUAUCCUUUGGGCAAUUUAUCGCAAAGCCUCCAUUGCUUGGAUCGGUCAAGACAUACUUGGAAUUGCGCUCAUGAUAACAGUUCUACAGUUUGUGCAAAUACCUAAUCUCAAGGUGGGCACUGUUCUUCUCAGUUGUGCAUUUAUCUACGACCUGUUUUGGGUGUUUGUCUCAAAGAAGCUGUUCAAUCAAAGUGUGAUGCUUGAGGUAGCCCAAGGUGGUAAAAGUGGAGAAGAUGGUAUCCCAAUGCUGCUGAAGUUUCCACGCAUUAUUGACCCUUGGCAUGGUUACAACAUCAUAGGAUUUGGAGAUAUUCUUAUACCAGGUCUGCUGGUUGCAUUCUCACUCAGGUACGAUUGGCUGGCAAAUAAGAAUCUACGACAUGGAUACUUCUUGUGGGCAAUAUUUGCAUAUGGCUUUGGUCUCAUGAUUACAUACUUAGCACUGAACUUGAUGAAUGGGCAAGGCCAACCAGCACUGCUCUACAUUGUUCCAUUCACCCUCGGGACCAUUCUGGCACUGGGGCAUAAACGUGGGGAUCUGAGAAAUUUGUGGACCAAAGGAGAACCAGAGAGACCCUGCCCUCAUGUCAGGCUCCAGCACAGUGAAGAAUUAAACCCUAAAUGAUAAUGUAAACCUGACAUCUAAUUAUUACAUUCAGUGUAUAGUUCCCCUGUCAACGGCUCAGCAUCUCAAUGCUCUAUCCAUGAGAUCAUUCCCCUUUGAAUGAAAUUGAUCCUCUUCCAUGC